ACGUGCUCCGUGCAACCGUUAAACUCCCCAUGUGCCCCUGAUACUUUGACACCGGCUCACCACUCAUUCAAAUCACCAGCUUAUCACCACGCAGGUCACUUAUACUUUUACUACCGUCAACACGACACCAAUCACUCAUUCGCUAACCCUCUGACCGUCACAAUCUCAAUUACUAUUUAUUUAUUAUUUUUUUAAAUUUAUCCUUAUUUGUGAAUUUGUGAUUUUUUUAUUUUACUCAAAAUAAUCAGUAAUUUUUUUUUUUAACGUGGGUUUGAUUUUUUAAAAAUUACGAAAUGUGAGUUGGCUUAAAAAUAGUGUCAGUGUUUUUAUAAAACAAUUUAUAUAUAGUAUAAUUAAUUAGUGUCUACUUAACAGUUUUAACAUUUAAUUGGAAUUUUUAUUAAUUGACAUAAUCAAUUAACAUGUGCGACGAUAAAUUUUAAAAUCUUGGUUACGAUUGCGUAUUUUCCAACUUUCCAAACAUACCACAAGUCCAAGUAAUAUAUUAUUUUGUGCCACUGAGAUAAAAUAUAUAGAUAUAUAAAUAAAAUAAUAAUAACAAUUAGAAACAAGGAUAUAAUUGUUUGAUGAAAUCAUUAAUUAGUGAUUGUGAUGUAAGAGAUGCGUCGCGGUGACAUCGCGGUGAUCGCGAUUGCCCUCAUAAUUAUUGGGCUAAUUCAGGGCCCUAAAGAAACAAGGGUAGUUGGUGCGGUAGUUGUCGGGGCUGCGGUGUGUGGUCGCAUCCCAGGACUCGCUAAAAGCCAACGUGAGCAGUGUAAAAAAAUGCCACAUGUCAUGCCAGCCGUCGGAGAAGGUGCCGAACUGGGGUUACGCGAGUGUCGGUAUCAAUUUCGUCAUCACAGAUGGAAUUGUACUCAUGUUGUUAAUGACAGAAUUUUUGGCCAUGUUGUUGUUGUUGGUAGCAGAGAGGCUGCAUUUACAUACGCAAUAAGCUCGGCAGGUGUAACGUAUGCUGUAACUGCGGCUUGUAGCCGUGGAAACAUCACAGCCUGUGGUUGUGAACCGACUGUAAGAACUAGAAAAGCCGCCCCACCGAGUGGGUGGGAAUGGGGUGGAUGCAGCGCGGAUGUGACAUACGGAAUGAGGUUCGCGCGUAGGUUUCUUGAUGCACGAGAGGUGGAAGGUGAUGCCAGAAGUCUUAUGAAUCUGCAUAACAACAAGGCCGGAAGAAAGAUUGUAAAGGCAAUGCUACAAACAGAAUGCAAAUGUCAUGGGGUAUCUGGUUCCUGUACAGUACGAACUUGUUGGCGAACUUUGCCGAGCUUCCGACAAAUCGGAGAUGCUUUGAUGAAAAAAUAUUAUCGCGCAAGACCUGUUAUGGCAAUUACCCCACCAUCAACACCAACGCUUACGAUUCAGAACUCGGAUUAUCUGGAUCAAUCAUCAAUUGAAGUGGUCCCUAUUAUGGGCAACGAUGCGAAAUCACAAGGAAAACUUAAUGAAAUUAGUUCGAAUGGUCGAACUGACAGGUCUUCAAAGAAAUCCGGAAACACUAAAAGACCACAUUUAAUAUUAAAGAGAACUAAAGUUAACAGUGGCCCGGGGAUAAGCCAGAAGAGGAUUCCCAAAAGAAGUGAGCUUGUCUUUCUUCAGCCAUCUCCCAAUUAUUGCGAGCCAGAUUUAACCCAAGGAAGUCUAGGCACCCAAGGAAGGUCUUGCAAUCGGACGAGUAAAGGAACUGACGGAUGCGACCUAAUGUGCUGUGGACGAGGAUACAACACCCACCAGUAUACAAAAACUUGGCAGUGCAGAUGCAAAUUUCAUUGGUGCUGUCGAGUAUUUUGUGACACUUGUACAGAACGUACCGAAGAGUACACUUGCAAAUAAUAAAAUUAUACGAUUAAUAAAAAAAAAAAAGUUAACAAAUGUUAAUUUUUUUUUUCAUGACACGGCUGUACAAUAAUUGCGUUUUUUUAUUAAUCAUAUGUUAAUAAUUAUUUUUUUAUAUCGUCGAUUAUGUACCUAUGUAAUUUUUAAAUUAAUUAAUAUUAUUAUUAUUAUUAUAACUUAACGAUAAAUAAUAAUUUCAAGAUACCCUGAAAUUAUCAUAUUAAUUAUUUAUUAAUGCGGAGAUAAAUUAUACUCUCAUAUUAUAUAUUUUAAAUUGUAUUUUUUUUUCCACCAAUAAAUCAAUAUUAUUUUAGAUCACAAUUUUAAAACACAGAUUUAGUACUAAUACCGAUCACUAAAAAUAUUUUAGACUUAAUAUUAUUUGUACAGUACAGAGUACAGUUCGUAGAAUUAUUUUUUGAAUAAUUUAACUUUUUUUUUUCUUUUUUUUUUUAAGUGUUUAGUAAAUAGUAAAUUUUAUUUUCUUAGAAUUUGUUUGGGUCGCAAAAGUCCAGGCUUAGAGUAUUAUCUCACAGGAUUAAAUUACCUGGUUUAUUAUUAUUUUUUGAAAGGGUGUAUACAGAUUCAAGUGUUGGUGCUUAAAAGAUUUGCCAGCGGUAUUAAAGUAUAUAAACAGUUUUAAAAAUUUUCAGAAAAUUUAAAACUUGAUUUUGUCAAUAUUACAUAUUUCUAUUGUAUAUAAAAUAUUAUUUUACCACUUGGUUUUCAUGUUUUUGGUUAAAUGUAUCUGAAUUGUAUAAAUGUAAAAAAAAAAAAGUUAUACCCUGAAUCAAAAUUUGAUUGAUAAAAUUUUUUGCUUUUAUUAAAAAAUUUUAAAAAAUAAUUUUUGUAAAUUUUAUCUAAUAAAUUCACUGGUGCUCAGAGUUCUAAUUUUAGAGAAUAAAGUCUAGGGACAAUUUUGUAGAUGAUUUGAUGGGCUACAAAAAAGGUCUGAUAAAAAAAAUUUAUAAAUUCAAAAUUUCAAAAGUUACAGCCCUUUAAAAUCACAUCGUAAAUAGUUUUCUUAAUUUUAUUGAAGUUAUAAACUCAAUGCCUAAAGUAAACAACGAAUUUAUAUCUCUACAUCCGGAAAAAUACUUUUCUAUCAUAAAUAAAACAAACAGAAAAAAAAAAUUUAGUAACAGCCAUUGUUAUAAAAUUCUUGUCCUUUGAAAUUCAAAUCAAAACUAUUUAUUUUUUUAGUAUUAACCAAAAAAAAUUUUGAUGA